GGGCUAGUGGCUGUGCCUCUUCACCCCUAGCCUGCGGAGAUGGCACUUGUGUGCUCACCCCAGAGGGAUACAGCUGCUUGUGCCACCCUGGCUACACAUUGGACCCCAGCCGCCUCCGCUGCAUCGAUGAAGAUGAGUGCCUGAAAGAGCCUUGUGGAGGAAAAGGUCGCUGCAUCAACAGUGUGGGCUCCUAUUUGUGCCUCUGCUACUCUGGGUACAGCCUGGCUGUCUCGGAGGGCAAGCAGAGCUGCGAGGAUCGAGACGAAUGCAAGCAGCCGUCUACCUGCCGAGGACAGCGGUGCAUCAACAGCCCCGGCUCCUACCGCUGCGAGUGCAAGGAGGGCUUUGCCAUGGGCCCCAGAGGACAGUGUGAAGAUGUCAAUGAGUGCAUGGAUCCCAGCCCUUGCCACAGUGGGAAGUGUGUCAAUACCCUGGGAUCCUACAAGUGUGUCAGCUGUGGGGAUGGCUACCGACCCAGGAACGGGAGAUGUAUUGAUGUGGACGAGUGCCUUGUCGAGGGGACUUGUGCUCACGGACGGUGUAUCAACCUGGAUGGCUCCUUCCGCUGCUCCUGCUACCGGGGCUACGAGCUGGCACCUGAUGGGAAGAGCUGCCAAGACAUCAACGAGUGUACGGCCCAGGCUGCCUGUCCUUCCGGACUCUGCCUCAACACUGAGGGCUCCUACUCCUGUAUGGCUUGUGACACCGGCUACGCCGUCUCCAGGGAUGGCAACGUGUGUGAAGAUGUAGACGAGUGUGAUGACCCGGCUGUUCAGUGCCUGAGGGGAGAGUGCAGGAACACCCCGGGCUCCUUUGAGUGCCACUGCCAGGCUGGCUUCCAGCUCAUCAACGGCACCGUGUGUGAAGAUGUGAACGAGUGCCUGAACAGCGAGAUCUGCAGCCCCAAUGGGGAGUGUCUAAACAGUCACGGAUCCUACUUCUGCAUUUGUGCUCCUGGCUUCUCAAAUACAGCUGGCGGAGUCAGCUGCCAAGAUGUGGAUGAAUGCGCAGACAAGUCCCGGUGCUCGCAAGGCCAGUGCCUGAACACAGAAGGCUCCUACAGGUGUCUGUGUGAAAAUGGAUUCAAACACUCCCAGGAGACUGAUGACUGCAUGGACGUGGAUGAGUGUAAAGAUUACGGGGAUGCCAUCUGCGGCACGUGGCGGUGCCAGAACAGCCUGGGCUCCUACCGGUGUAUCAUGGGUUGCCAGCCUGGCUUCCACUGGACCCCCUUGGGUGACUGCAUCGACAUAGAUGAGUGCGCCAAUGAGACGCUGUGCGGGAGCCACGGCUUCUGCGAGAACCUGGACGGCUCCUUCCGCUGCCUCUGCGACCGCGGCUACGAGAGCUUGCCCUCCGGCCACUACUGCGUCGAUGUCAAUGAGUGCGAGCUGAUGGUUGCCGUGUGCGGGACCGCGCUUUGUGAGAACGUGGAGGGAUCCUUCCUGUGCCUCUGCCCCAGCGACCACGAGGAGUAUGACACAGUGGCAGGGCGCUGCAAGCCCCGGGCAGCCAUGGAGGGCCCCGAGACACACGCAGCCCGCCUCUCUGACAGCGCGGAGCGCAAGCAGUGCUACUACCACAUCAGCGACGUUCGCCUCUGUGACAGCGUCCUGGCCAAGAACGUCACCAAGGAGGAGUGCUGCUGUACUGUGGGGGCAGCCUGGGGUGACAACUGUGAGACUUACCCCUGCCCCAUGCCAGGAACAGUGGAGUAUCAAGAGAUCUGCCCUCUUGGGAAGGGCUACAUACCCCAGGAAGAUCUGCUCUCAGGCAAAGUCUCUUUCACAGACAUAGACGAAUGUGAGAUAUUUGGCUCCGAGUUUUGCCGCAACGGACAGUGUUUGAACACAGUGCCAGGCUACAAGUGCUUCUGCCGUACAGGCUACUACUAUGACUCCAGCAGGCUUGAGUGUGUUGACCAGGACGAGUGUCAGAACGAAGUGUACUGCGUCAACGGCGAGUGUCUGAACACAGACGGCUCCUACCACUGCUUCUGCANNNAUCCUUUGCUUGUAUCACUCACAGAUGCCUUGGAGGAGUACGAAAUCCACCUGGAUGUCUGCUGGCAGACUGUCGCCAGCUACAUCUGCCAAGACCUGCUGCACGGCGAGCAGACCACGUACACGGAGUGCUGCUGCCGGCUCGGGGAAGCCUGGGGCCAGAACUGCGCGCUCUGCCCACACAGGUCCUCAGCCGAUUUUGCUUUCCUGUGUAAUGGGGCUGGUGAAGACAGUGAGAGAGGGUCUGAGCUCCAAGAAAGACCUAGGUAUGAGUACGCACCAGGCUUGGAAGACCCCCAUUAUAGCCUUCCGAGCCCAGAUAUGGGCCCCUUCUACAACUACCUGGAGUCUGAGUACAGAAACCCUGAUGCUGGUUUGCCUCGGAGGGAGCCCAACAGCGAGUUUCGUGGCAGCCCUCUCCACCACCACAACCCAGGGCGGUUCAUGCCCCACUACCUACCCAGCCAAACUGGCCUCUACGAGGGCUUUGAGGGGCUGCAGGCUGAGGAGUGCGGGAUCCUCAACGGCUGCGAGAACGGGCGCUGCGUGCGCGUCCGGGAGGGCUACACCUGCGACUGCUUUGACGGCUUCCAGCUGGACAUGACCCGCAUGGCCUGCGUGGACAUCAACGAGUGCGAGGAGGUGGGCAGCCCUGAGCCGCUGUGCCGGGGCGGCACCUGCGAGAACACA